CCAAGCUUUCCUCAUGCUCUUCAGCAAUAUUUCGCGUCACCUCCUAAUGGUACGCUCCGCUCGUCUAGGUAUCUCAUCAUGUUCAGAGCAGUACGUCUGAUAUCGGCAACUUCGAAAGUGAGCAGCACCCGAUGCCUCGGUCAAAUUACCCUUAUCCACUCGUUCGUCGACUCCCGGCGCUCAUCUCAGCGCAUCCUUGAGGGUCUACCUCAUCAUCGCAGAUUUUCAAUCUCACCUGCUCUUCACAAAAAAAAAGAAAAGUCAAAGUCACACAGAAGUGUACAAGAUGAGGAGAGGGAAUUGGGGAGUUCACUAGCUUCUAGUGACCCUUACGACCUCUCUCAGUUGCAUAAUGGCAUUUCUGCUGCUUUGUCUAGCUUGAAGGAUGACCUCUCCAAACUCCGCGGCGGUGGCCGCUUCGAUAUCGGUUCCAUUGAGGCGCUUCGUGUUCAAUUAAGCAAAGCGAGUAAAGAAACAUUGAGGCUCGGAGACUUAGCGCAAGUGAUACCGAAGGGCGGACGCAUGGUGACAGUCCUGGCCGCAGAAGAGGAGCAUAUCAAACCGAUUAUCUCAGCCGUUGUAUCCUCCAACCUCUCUUUGACCCCUCAAGCCGAUCCUCACAAUACUCUACAACUCAACGUUCCAAUCCCACCGCCCACAAAAGAAUCUCGGGACCAGGCGGUUACCAUGGCUAAGAAAGCUAUGGAAAGAGCGGCCGCCGCAGUACGUGAUUCUAGGGGCGUGGUACAUAGACGACUUCAAGACAUGCAAAGAAAAAAGGCUGCCAGGCCGGAUGAUGUGCGCAAGGCACAGGAACAGAUGGAAAAGGUUUCGGAAAAAGGGCAGAAAGAUGUUAAAGAACUUUUUGAGACAGCCAAGAAGGCCAUGGAAAGAGCAUGAAUGAGCCGACAAUUGUCAGUUGCUUUUGGCCUUAUGCUUGCCACAAGUGGAGAGCUUAUGCAGAUCUGCUGCAAGCUGCUUAAAGGCCCCCUUCCUGAAUUAGAGGAUUCAAGCGACAGCAACAUGUACUUCGUAGAUAGAACAAUGACUAAAUUUACAUAAGGAACGACAAAAUCGAGAUUAAAUGCGACGAUUUGAAGCCAACAGUGAUUCCACUUUAGCAAAAAACUGCACGUCUUUCCCUGCCGUCUGAUACGUCCCGUUGUUUAUCAGGUUCGUC